CCACCAGUUGGCCGAUGGACUUAUCUUCGUGGUUCCGGCGUACCCUUCUACGGAACACUGAAAAGACCCAAAACCCAGAUCCCCCAAAGCAUAAUGAACCUGAAGACGAGCUUCUUGGAAUCACAGAGCAGCUGAUCAAUCUUGUCAAGUCUUUCACUUUAGAAACCUUCAAGACUUUCCCUCUCCCAGAUGAUGAAGGAGCCACUUGUGGUGACAACUCUCUGAAAACUUCAGGCAAUAUUCAGAAAGAUCUCUCACAAUGGCAGCAAAGGCAUGCCAUGCUUGUGCUAACAAAAGUGAAGGAACUUUCCCACUUAAGAUAUAAGCUAUGCCCUGGCCACUUGAAGGAACAUCAAUUUUGGAGAGUAUACUUCAUGCUGGUCAAGAAACAAGUGGCUGAACACUUUUUGACAUCACCUUCUUCUGAUUAUCAGAUAUGAGCUACGUGCCAUGCAACUAGCAAAGCUCAACGAAGUGAAAAUGGAAAAUGAAAGGUCUACAAGUGCUGAUACAUGUGAAGUUGAGAUGGCUGAGACAAAGCACAUUGGAGUAGGAAGCUUAGCACCUACGAGUCUACAACUCCAUAACAUCACAUAGCAUUCUUGUAGCUGUACCCAGUAGCUAGUCUAUGGUUCCACUAAGAAUGGGACAAGAUCAAACCUAGGUACAACCUUACUCCAACACGAUCCGUUGUAUAGAUUUUGCUUUUCUAUAUAGACUGUUCUAUAGAUUUUGUGCUAAUGGAAUAGUGAUUUGUGGAGGCUCGUUUUGUGUACCAAUUUAGGAUCGUAUAGAGCAACCCAUAUUGCUAAAUUCUUUGUAUGCA